AUGGUCAAUGAAGAACCAGUCGCAAAUCCUGUAUCAGUCAGCCUGGAUAAUCUUGAGCAGUUGAAUGUAUUUGGAAAGAAAAAAGUAGCCCUUACCUCGAAAGAUGAUGUAAACAAGAUGCCCGAGUGGCUGUGCGGUGAAACCCCAGACGCCAAUGGCAAGCUACAGAACGCAACGGCUUCUGUAGUGAUUGUCGUGGAAAGGAACUCGGAGGAUGUGGACGCCUUCUACUUUUACUUUUACUCUUUUGAUCAAGGGGCAAACAUGACGCAAGUCAAGGAGCCUCUUGGCAGCUUCAUUGGAACUCAGGGUGGUGUGCAUUUUGGGAGUCAUAUCGGAGACUGCGAACAAGAGCAUGACUCGAUUCUCUUUGACUACUGCGACAAGGGUAUUCUUUGGGAUCCUGUUGCAUCGGCAUACUUUUUCCACCUCGAUCCCGACAGCUCCCGCCUUACGCGCCUAUCUCCAUCGGCAUCCGACCCUGCAACAUCCAACUUGACGUCCUUUUUCUACUUUGACGGGAUCUGGGGAGACGACGAAUAUAGUCAGGAUGACCCGCGCCAGCGCAAGGUUCCGUGGGUAGGGCUGAAGCGGUUCGUCGCGGGACCGCAGGGUCCAGCGUUUAAAGGACUUGUGAGGAAGGGACUUUUCCCGAAUGACCGCGGGGGCAAGAACGUCCUGCAGCUGGCUGCCGCAGCGUUCAUGGCCGUAUACCCACACCUCUUCAAGUCCUGGAGAAAGUGGGUGACAAUCUUGGGGUUUUGCAUGCUUGUGGCGUUGCUGGUCGUGGGCGGACGACGUGUGGCAAAGAGACGCAAGCAAACGAAGCUGGGAUAUGCGCAUUUGGAGGCUGAAAAUAUCCCGCUGAUGGAAAUGCCCCUUCGACGUGAUGGAUCACGCAGUCCACCCGAAAUCGGCAGCGACGACACGCACUGA